GAGCCCCUGGCCGGCCCGCACAGAUGCCGGGGUGGGGCCGCGAAUCGGUUGGGACGCACUCUAUCCGGCCUAGGGGCACCCGGGCCAGCACCCGGCCGCCGCGGGUGCGCAGUGGGCGGGGGGCCCCGCGCUCCUACCUGCAAGUGGCCAGUGCCAAGUGCUGGGCCGCCGCUCCUGCCGUGCAUGUUGGGGAGCCAGUACAUGCAGGUGGGCUCCACACGGAGAGGGGCGCCGACCCCGUGAUAGGGCUUUACCUGGUACAUCGGCAUGGCGCAACCAAAGCAAGAGAGGGUGGCGCGUGCCAGACACCAACGGUCGGAAACCGCCAGACACCAACGCUCGGAAUACACGCCAGGCCACGACGGAGGGCGACCACCUCCCUUCUGACCCCGCUGCCGGCGUUCGGGAAAAAGGCAGUCCGGUGUGCUCUGAUUGGUCCAGGCUCUUUGACGUCACGGACUCGACCUUUGACAGAGCCACUAGACGAAAAGGAGAGACGGGAAGUAUUUUUUCCGCCCCGCCCGGAAAGGGUGGAGCACAACGUCGAAAGCAGCCAAUGGGAGCCCAGGAGGCGGGGCGCCUGUGGGAGCCGUGGAGGGCACUUUCCCAGUCCCCGAGGCGGAUCUGGUGUUGCAUCCUUGGAGAGAGCUGAGAGCUCGAGUACAGAACCUGCUAAGGCCAUCAAACCUAUUGAUCGGAAGUCAGUCCAUCAGAUUUGCUCUGGGCCAGUGGUACUGAGUCUAAGCACUGCAGUGAAGGAGUUAGUAGAAAACAGUCUGGAUGCUGGUGCCACUAAUAUUGAUCUAAAGCUUAAGGACUAUGGAGUGGAUCUCAUUGAAGUUUCAGGGAAUGGAUGUGGGGUAGAAGAAGAAAACUUUGAAGGCUUAACUCUGAAACAUCACACAUCUAAGAUUCAAGAGUUUGCCAACCUAACUUGGGUUGAAACUUUUGGCUUUUGGGGGGAAGCUCUGAGCUCACUUUGUGCACUGAGCGAUGUCACCAUUUCUACCUGCCACGUAUCGGCGAAGGUUGGGACUCAACUGGUGUUUGAUCACGAUGGGAAAAUCAUCCAGAAAACCCCCUACCCCCACCCCAGAGGGACCACAGUCAGCGUGAAGCAGUUAUUUUCUACGCUACCUGUGCACCAUAAGGAAUUUCAAAGGAAUAUUAAGAAGAAACGUGCCUGCUUCCCCUUCGCCUUCUGCCGUGAUUGUCAGUUUCUUGAGGCCUCCCCAGCCAUGCUUCCUGUACAGCCUGCAGAACUGACUCCUAGAUGGACCCCACCCCCCUCCCCCCACCCCUGCUCCUUGGAGGACAACGUGAUCACUGUAUUCAGCUCCAUCAAGAAUGGUCCAGGUUCUUCUAGAUGAUCUGCACAAAUGGUUCCUCUCCUCCUUCCUGAUGUCUGCCAUUAGCAUUGGAAUAAAGUUCCUGCUGAAAAUCCACAUCUCCCCUGGGUCCGGUGUUCUGGAAGUGAGAGAGACAAUGUCACACUUCAAGGAGGCAGCUCUCUAGACAGGAAGGUUAUUCACGUCCCAUGUCAAGUCUAGCUAGAGUUCAGAGCAAUUGAGAAGUGCAAUUUUAUCUCCUGCCCUUCAUUCUAUACCCUGCUUCUGAACCAUCGUGUUCAACUGUGAAACUCACACUUUGGUGACCCUGACUCCAAAACUUAAUACACCCAAGGUCAGCCCCAGUGAUCUGCUUCAUAGCAAGGACUUUGGGUGGGUCUGCCCAGGGAGUAGGGCACCCUCAGAGAAUGUGGCUUUGGACUUCAUCACAGCUGGGGCCUUUUGUGUCAUUUAAAAUCUAAACUUGUAACCAUGCUAGAUGUGUUUCUAAUGUGAUAACAUCACAAACCACGAGUCCAGAAGCCUAAUCCUUAAUCCUACCUCCUCAUGAUGAAGUCUCAUGCUCUGUGCUCAACGUGGUUAGCUGCACAAGAUGUAAACCAAAGCUUCACUGAACCCUCGACCCCAAUUGGUAACUCAAGUGCGUCAAUCAUAAUGAACCUCCCCAAACUCAGUAUUUAUGAUUAUUUUUGAGGCAGGGUCUCACUCUGUCACCCGGGCUGGAGUGCAGUGGCAGGAUCAGGGCUCCCUGCAGCCCCGACCUCCCAGGCUCCAGCGAUCCUCCUGCCUCAGCCUCCUGAGUAGUUGGGAGUAGAGAUGCGUCCCACAUCGCCUGGCUAAUUUUUAUAUUUUUGUGGAGAGGGGAUCUCGCUACGUUGCCCAGGCUUGAAGCCAGAUCAAGCAAUUGGGUUCCUUGGAUUUCCGAAAUAGACCCCAAUAUUCUGCCUUUACCCCGGAGGAUGCAGAUGUACCUUCUCUCAGACCGAUGACCUCAGGCCUCCACGGUCCCUGGAGCUCUAGGAAAGGUGAGCGCGAUCUCGCGCCCACACCCAGUGCUCUGGGUCAUAAGCCUGGAUCUGGAAAAACAAACGCCCUUUGAGAAGACGGGGACUCGCCAGGAUACCCCUCUCUCCCCUCAUCCAGCCUCCAGCCCACCCAAUUCCUCCCCACCUCCUCCACCUCCCCAGGCCCCACUCACCUCCUCCAACUCUUCCGGGGAAACCCAAGCCCUGCAGCGCAUGGAACAGAAGAACUGGAACCGACGCUUCUGGAACAAGGCUAUCUGAGAGCAGGUCUUCCUGGCCCUCGGGUUCAUGGAACGGCAUAACUGGAACCAAUGCUUACGGAGCAAGGGUAUGCGAGAGCGGUUCUUCCUGGCCCUCGGGUUCAUGGAACGGCCUAACUGGAACCAAUGCUUACGGAGCAAGGGUAUGCGAGAGCGGGUCUUCCCAUACAGGAAGUAGAAGAUGUUUUGUUUGGGGUCCUCGUCGUCCUCCUCCAUGUCAUUGGCCAGGUAGCUGAGGACAGAAAUCAGGUUGCUGCUCAGGGGCACCACCAGGAGAGACCUCCGGCUGAGGUCAGCUUCCCAGAGAAGAAGGUAAGGGACCGUCCCUAGCUCAGGACUGGCACCCACCCUGCAGAGAGCCACGCCUUCCUCAGGAGGGCUCUGCUGGACAGAGACCUGAUCAAGGGCGUCUCCCACUCCUUCAGGAUGGAGACAAAAACCCAACUGGUGACCGAGAGUGGUGGCUUAUGCCUGGAAUCCCAGCACACUGGGAGGCCAAAGCAGGAGGAUCACUUGAGGCCAGGAGUUUGAGACGGGCCUGGGCAACAUAGCAAGACCCUCGUCUCUAUUAAAAAUAUAAAAAAUACGCCAGACGCGGUGGCUCAUGCCUGUAAUCCCGGCGCUUUGGAAGGCUGAAGCAGGUGGAUUGCUUGAGACCAGGAGUUUGAGACCAGCCUGGUCAACACAGAGAAACCCCAUCUAUACUAAAAAUACAAAAAUCAGCCUGGUGCGGUGGCACACCCAUUAGUCCUAGCUACUCAGGAGGCUGAAGCAUAAGAAUUGUGUGAACCCAGGAGGCGGAGGUUGCAGUGAGCCAAGAUUGGGCCCCUCCAUUCCAGCCUGAGAGACACAGCAACACUCUUGUCUUGAUAAAUUAAAUAAAUAAAUAAAUAACUGUC